AUGGACACCCUCUCACAUAUAAUCCUUCAGAGGAUUGUGAUACAUAUUGAGGAGGACGCCGACCGUUUGUUUCUGUCAUUGACGUGUCGCAGACUGUUUGAUGAUCGUGACAAAUACCUGUCCUUCUCAACAAACAUGAAGGACGGCACCAUCGCACCAAUCGUGAACAAGCGGAUGUAUGAACGCAAUCUCUUCUGCACGAAGUCAUACUAUACAUGCUUCAUGAAAUCAGCAGUGUCCUCCUCUCCUCUGACGUUAGAGAAUCUGCACCUGGUACACUCGACCAAUCAAUUUGAGGCGAUUCCACCCCAAACCAAGGCUCUCUGGCUCUGCAAUAAUAGACUGCGGCCAGACUUUCCAAUCCCCUAUGGGGUUGAGCAUCUCACCUUUGCCGAUGACAUAGAUGCGAACAUCAAUCAACACUACAAACUCAGAAGGUCCACUUCACCUUUCAAUGAUGAUGACGACAUCAAUGCCUAUCUGGUAUCGCCAGAGUCCAUCCCUCUAUCGGUUCACUCUCUCCACAUCAAAGUCCCAAUCCAUACAUAG